AUGACAUGUAGGUGGGAAGUAUCAAGUGCAAUCUUUCUUAGCAACACGACUAUUGCCUUCUUUACCGUUAAUGCAGCAGAACCCAGGGAGAAGCAAGCUGCUACCAAUAUUCUUUUUGCGCCAUAUCAUGGUACAAUUUUCGUUACAGUUCAAGCCCAAAACACCGCGCGUCAAGCCAAACGUCACCGCCAUACCACAAUUCACCCUCAGCCCAAGACACCACGCAUCAGACCAAGAGCCGUCAUCAUCAUGGCAAUCUUUCCCUCCAAAUCCCAAUUUCUACGCCUUGGCGUCCAACCCAUCACGCCCUCCCCAGCCCACGUCUCCCAGGACUGCGUCAUCUGCAAAGACCCUCUAGCUCUCCGCCCUCACAUCACGACAUCAACUCCCCCUUCUCACCCCGCCCUGCGUAUCGAAUCCUGCGGUCACACCCUAGGCCUCGAAUGUCUCUCCGCCUGGCUCAACGUCAGCAACACCUGCCCGACCUGCUCACGCACCCUCUUCCAAGUCCACAUUCCUCGCAUCACCCAAGAAGACAUCGAUGUUGUCAUUCGCUCGCUGGGCCACAGGUAUGGCGUGGACCGCAUCGUGAGCUUACUUGCGCAGCGCAUCAGGAAGCAGGAUUUGGAGGCCGUUGUGAUGAUGCAGAAGAAUCAAGAGGAGACGAGGAGGGACCAAUUUGAAAUGGCGGAGCAGGAUUGGCUCGACAAUGGCGACGAGUUGGAUGUUGGUGGUGAUGACGAUGAUGACGAAGAAGAGGAAUUCGAUGCGCAUGAGGCCAUGGGGGUUGAUGAGGACGAUGAGGAUAAGAGGGUUUUGGAAUAG